AUGAAAACUUUAAAGAUAUUUGCUUUUAUUUGUAUGUUCCACCUUGUGCAUCCAAUGAAGGAAUCAAUGGUGAAGUUGAAAGAUAAUGGAUAUGAAGACAUUGUCAUUGCAAUAAGUCCCAAUAUACAUGAGAACCUACAGAUUAUUGAAAGGAUUAAAAGUAUGUUAAGCGAUGCCUCUACUUACAUGCUUCACAGUACAAAAAAUAGAGUUUUUAUUAGGAAAGUGAAGAUUGUAAUUCCCAAAACUUGGUCAACAAACAGCCAGUAUGGACGGCCAAAAACUGAAUCAUUUGAUGGGGCGGAUGUUAUCAUUGCUGAUCCAUUUUACCAAGGAGAUGAACCAUAUACUCUGCAAUAUGGUGGUUGUGGUGAAAAGGGGAAAUACAUCCAUUUCACUCCCAAUUUCUUACUAAAUGAUACACUGUUACAUAUAUAUGGACCUAGAGGAAGACUAUUUGUCCAUGAAUGGGCUCACCUUCGGUGGGGCGUUUUUGACGAAUACAACUUCGAACAACCUUACUACCUUUCUACAGAAGGUAAAGUGGAGGCUACAAGGUGUUCUCUAGGUAUCAAUGGCAUGAAUAAAAUGUUGGUGCCGGGAACAAAUGACCAAGUGGUUGACUGUCAAUAUAGCCCGGAAACUGGUCUUUAUGACCAUAACUGCAUGUUUAUCCCAUAUCUAAACUCUCCUGCCAAAGAAUCAAUUAUGUAUGCUCAAGGACUUAGUCAUGUCAAAGAGUUCUGUGAUAAGGACAGCCAUAACUCAGAAGCUCCCAACCAACAAAAUAAACAAUGUAACCAACAAAGUACAUGGGAAGUGAUUAUGAAAUCUCCUGACAUGACGUCCACUACUCCCUUAACUAGCACCAACAUACCACCUCCUGUUAUCUCACUUCUGCAGUUCAAGGACAGAGUAGUUACUUUGGUGCUUGAUAUAUCAGGAAGUAUGAAUGGAUACAAUCGCAUGGAUCGAAUGUAUCAAGCUUCCGAAAUGUACAUCAUGCAAAUUAUAGAAACGGACUCCCAUCUUGGAAUUGUUGUGUUUUCAAGUGCUGCAAAUAUAAAGUCAGAGCUAGUAAAAAUAACCAAUAAGAGACAGCGUGAACAUCUAAAGUUACUUCUUCCAACUGCUUCUUUAGGGGGUACAAACAUUUGUUCAGGAAUACAAGCAGGUCUCCAGGUAAACGGAAGGCUUGACGGAUCCACACAUGGUACAGAAAUUAUACUAUUGACAGAUGGUGAAGAUAGUAGAAUUAGUUCUUGUUUCCCAGAGGUAGAGGCCAGUGGGGUCAUUAUUCACACAAUUGCACUAGGUACCAAAGCAGACAAAGCAUUGGAGCAGCUGGCAACAAUGACAGAUGGAAUAAAGCUGUAUGCAUCAGAUAAAGUUGAUGCAAAUGGUUUGAUUGCCGCUUUCAGUGGACUCGUAUCCAGUAAUGGAGAUGUCACUCAGCAAUCUGUUCAGAUUGAAAGUGUCACCAUACCAGUUAACCCAGGGGACUGUUUGGAUGGAAUAGUGAUCAUCGACAGCACUGUAGGGAAUGAUACCUUCUUUUUGGUUACAUGGGAUGCUGGAAGCCCCAGCAUUACAUUAACUGAUCCAAAUGGACAAGUUUAUGGAAAAAGCAAGUUUGUGAGUGACCCGUUUUCAAAAUCGGCCCGUCUCACAAUUCCAGGCACAGCAGAGAGAGGCACCUGGACAUAUAGUAUAUGUAACACUAAGACAGUAAAACAAGUGCUGGGAUUAACAGUGAACUCCAGAGCAGCUGAUAGAAAUGAACCCCCUAUUGUCGCUGAGGCAUAUAUGAAAGAGGUGUCGGGCAUACAUGGAAGUCCAGUUGUUUUGUAUGCAAUUGUAACAAAAGGUUUUUCUCCAAUUCUUGGUGCAUCUGUGAUUGCUGAAAUUGGAGCGGAGGAUGGACAGAUUCACAAGUUGGAUCUUUUGGACAAUGGAGCAGGUGCAGAUAUUCUCAGGAAUGAUGGAAUAUAUUCCAAGUUCUUUAUAGCAUAUGGUAAAAAUGGCAGAUAUAGCUUGAGAGUACAUAUAGAAACUACAAAGAAUGAAAGUAAACUAGGUGCUCAAAAAAAUCGUGCCUUUUACAUGCCUGGUUUUGUUGAAAAUGGUGAUAUAAAGCUUAAACCACCGAGGCCUAACAUUGAAAGCUACAAUGUAGAACAUUUCAGUAGGAAGGUUUCUGGUGAUACGUUCAUAAUAUCCAAUGUACCUUCAGGCACUCCUUCCGACAGAUUCGAACCCUAUCAAAUUACUGAUCUGGAUGCAGUCAUUCAAGGAACCCAAAUUACAUUAUCGUGGACAGCAACAGGAGAUGACUUGGAUCAAGGGAAUGCUACAGGAUAUGAUUUAAGAAUGAGCCUGUCAUCUCAAGAACUAUUACAUCAUUUUGUAAACACCACUGCUGUUAACAUCUCCAAUAUCACACCCAAGCCAGCAGGAUCCAAAGAAAUAUUUACUUUCACACCAGAGGAUAUUGCUCUAACUAAUGGCACCAUCAUUUAUUUUGCAUUGGUUGCCUUUGAUGAGAUCAAUCAACAGUCGAAGGUCUCAAACCUAGCAAGAGUUGAAUUGUUUGUGCCUCCAUCACCAGAACCAAAGGCAUUAAAACCACUACCAGAUAUCUAUCAACCAUACCAAAUUACUGACUUGGAUGCAGUAAUUCAAGGAACCCAAAUUACAUUGACUUGGACCGCUACAGUUACCAGAUAUGAUUUAAGAAUGAGCCUCUCUUUUGAAGAACUAUUGAACAACUUUAUGAAAGCCACUGCUCUAAACAUUCCCAGUACCGCACCAAAGCCAGGAGGAUCCAAAGAAAUGUUUACUUUCACACCAGAAAACAUCACUCUAAACAAUGGCACCACCAUUUAUUUUGCAUUGGUCACCUUUGAUGCCAUUAAUCAAGGGUUGUUAAACUCUAACAUAGCAAGGGUUACAUUCUUUGUGCCUCCAUCACCAAAAAAAUCAUACUUUAAAUCACGAAUUAAGUCCCUUUUAGACAGUCCCUUUGAUUUCUAA